UGCUUAUGAAUUAUACAACGUUUACUCUAUCUUAAUUACUCCAAAAUGGAAAACACCUUUCUUCUCAUUUUUGCAUCAUUCAUGUUCAUUCAAACAUAUUGCGCAAGCAGCAACAACAUCAUGAUCAUGGCUUCCUCGAAUGUUACAUGUAUCCAAGGGGAGCGACAAUCACUGCUUGUAUUCAGACGAGGCCUUGCAGACGAAUCAAAUCGUCUAUCAACAUGGACUGGAUCAGAAUGUUGCGAGUGGCAGGGAGUUGGGUGUGAUAGGAAAAAUGGUCAUGUUGUCAAACUUGAUCUUCGAUCUCCAUCAUCUUUCAUGGACUACUAUAUAUCAUCAAGCACAAGUACCUCGCUCAAAGGUAAGGUAAGUCCUUCCUUACUCGACUUGAAGUAUUUGCGUUACUUGGACCUGAGCAUGAACAACUUCUCAGGACAAAAUAUUCCUGAAUUUUUCGGGUCGUUCAAGUAUUUGGAAUACCUGAACCUCUCUUACUCAGGUUUCAGUGGUGUAGUCCCUCCUCAUCUAGGAAAUCUCUCAAGGUUACAAUAUCUUGAUCUUAAUCUCCAACAUAGGUACGACAUGGUACCUCUCCCUUAUGACGUUUCAUUGAUGGUCAAGAAUGACCUGCAGUGGGUGUCCUUGUUGUCGUCGUUAAAGCACUUGGAUCUCUCAGGAAUAAAAAUUGGUAACCAUAUUGAUUGGUUCCAUCCGGUUAACAUGCUACCUUCAUUGCUUACACUGAACUUGGCCUCGUGUGAUAUACAUAUCUCCUCUAUAAAGUUCAUCAAUUUCACGUAUCUUAAUUCACUCGAUCUCUCUUCCAAUGGUAUCAACUCCACCAUUCCUGUUUGGUUAUCAAACCUUACUAGCCUCGUGCAUCUAAACCUUGAUUAUAACAACUUCCAUGGUCCAAUACCUAAUUCUAUUGCAACCUUGAGCUCUCUUUCUUACAUCAGACUUUCAUCAAACCAUUUGUCUGGUCCAAUACCUCCCUCACUUGGUAACCUAUCCUCUCUAAGAGUACUCUCUCUAUAUGGUAAUCAAUUGAGUGGGAGCAUACCAGAAAGCAUCGGUCAAUUAUCAAUGCUUGAAAUCCUUUAUCUUUAUGAAAAUCAAUUGAGUGGGAGCAUACCUGAAAGCAUUGGUCAACUAUCAAAGCUUGAAAUCCUUUUUCUUUUUAAUAAUCGAUUGAGUGGGAGCAUACCUGAAAGCAUUGGUCAACUAUCAAUGCUUGAAUACCUUGAUCUUGUUGGUAAUCGAUUGAGUGGGAGCAUACCUGAAAGCAUUGGUCAACUAUCAAUGCUUGAAUACCUUGAUCUUGUUGGUAAUCGAUUGAGUGGGAGCAUACCUGAAAGCAUUGGUCAACUAUCAAUGCUUGAAUACCUUGAUCUUGUUGGUAAUCGAUUGAGUGGGAGCAUACCUGAAAGCAUUGGUCAACUAUCAAUGCUUGAAUACCUUGAUCUUUCUGACAAUCAAUUGAGUGGGAGCAUACCUGAAAGCAUCGGUCAAUUAUCAGUGCUUGAAAACCUUGAUCUUUCUGGUAAUCGAUUGAGUGGGAGCUUACCUGAAAGCAUUGGUCAAUUAUCAAUGCUUGAAAUCCUUUAUCUUUUUGGUAAUCGAUUGAGUGGGAGCAUUCCAACUAGUAUUGGCCAGCUUUCAAACCUCAUUGAACUAUUUGUCUCUAAUAACUCAUUGGUUGGGGUUGUUUCGGAACAUCACUUCACCAAACUUCGCAAUCUAAACAGAUUGUGGUUGUAUGAUAAUUCAUUAAUGCUGAAUGUCAGCACUCAUUGGAUUCCUCCCUUCCAACUUGAGAGUUUUUCUGCACGCUCCUGCUACAUCGGACCUCAAUUCCCAAAUUGGCUUCAAACGCAAACAAAUCUUGAAGUUUUAGGUCUUUCAAAUUCGGGUAUUAGAGAUACAAUACCAGAGUGGUAUGAGAACAUCACCUCUCAUCUCCAAGGAUUGGAUUUGUCCCACAACCAGAUAUCUUUUUUCCAUGAAAAGACUAAUAAUUGUAAAUUCAAAUUUUCUAAUCCAGGCCUCAUUGAUUUAGUUCUUGGGAACAAUUCUUUCACCGGAAGCAUUCCGACGCACUUAUGCGAGUCGCUUCAAAUAAAAUUACUUGAUUUAUCCGAUAAUAACUUCUCUGGAUUUCUUCCCAAAUGCUUUGGAAACUUGACUGAGUUGCAUGUGAUGGAUCUUACAAAUAACAAUAUAACGGGUGAUGUUCCGAAGUCAUUAGGUUUCCUAUCAUACCUCGAGUCAUUACAUUUGCACAACAACAAGUUUGAGGGCAAUCUCCCGACGGCUUUGCAAAACUUGACAAACUUAGUCACCUUUGACUUAGGAAACAAUUUGUUCACGGGUAAUAUCCCUUCUUGGAUCGGGAAAAAAUUAACCAGGCUUAAAAUUUUGAAUCUCCAAUCAAAUAAUUUCACGGGUGAGAUCCCACUUGAAAUCUGUCAAAACAACGCUCUUCAAAAUUUAAACUUAGCAAAUAAUAACAUAACUGGAAUGAUCCCUCGUUGCUUUUAUAACUUAACUGGUAUGAUUGUGACUAGUGUUGACUUUCACUACAAUCGCACUAGAUAUAAAGAAAAUAUUGAAACUUGCAUAAAGGGUAUUCAAUUGAAGUACACAAAAACACUUGAGUUUCUUGUAUCCUUAGACCUCUCAAGCAACAAAUUCAUUGGUGAAGUUCCUGAUGUUUUGAUGAACCUUAGAGCGUUGAACAAUUUGAAUCUUUCUAGAAACUUGUUAAGUGGACAGAUUCCGUCAAAGAUUGGAGAUCUAAAGCAUAUGGAAUCUUUAGAUAUUUCGAUGAACUUGUUGUCCGGUCCCAUUCCUCCAAGUUUGGGUACCUUGAACUUUCUAAGCUACUUGAACUUAUCCUUCAAUAACUUAUCUGGUCAAAUACCAUUUGGAAACCAGCUUCAAGCUUUAGGUGAUCCAUCAGCCAUAUAUGAAGGGAAUAAUGAGUUAUGUGGGCCCACACCUUUUAAGAGUUGCAAUAGAAAGAACUUAUCAGACUCGUAUAUUAGUAAGGAAGUAGGUAAAAUUUUUAUACAAGAUUUGGGGUUGUUAAUUAGCACAGUUUCUGGGUUUGUUGUCGGAUUUAUGGGACUAAUCGGUAGCUUAUACUUGAUAAAAGAAUGGAGGACAACUUACUUUGAUAUUAUAGAGAAUGUUUACACAUGGCUCGUUCUAACUUGUCCUGAAAUCAAUCUAGACCUUGAUGUUGAUCUCGUGCUUGUUCUUGCCCCUGAAACGGCCCUGAUGGAAUGA